GCUGCAGGCUACACCAUAAACUCACCACCAAAGACACUACCACCAUUUAUGCUGGUGGGAUGUGUUGCAGUACCACACCAAAACGAGAAAACUGCUCUCGUCGACGUACGUCCUGUUUUCUUCACGAGCUGCGUUAUCUGCGCAUAAAUUUAGACAAUGCAGUGCUCAACUUGCGGUUCGUCCAGCUUAGAGUCGGAUCAGUCGUCUGGUAACACUUAUUGUGUAAAAUGUGGUACUGUCUGUGAACAAAACGUCAUUGUGUCAGAGGUUACUUUUGGUGAAGCUUCUACGGGUGCAGCAAUCGUCCAAGGAUCUCUCAUUAGUCAGGACCAAACACACGCUCGGACGUUUGGUCCCUACCGGAAACACAACCAACUCGAGUCGAGAGAAAUGACAAUUUCGAACGGCCGGAAACGGAUAGCUGCUCUUGCACGGACGUUGCGGCUGACGGACCGGCAUGUGGAAGCAGCCGUUCGUUACUUCACGCUGGCCAUAAACCACAAUUUCAUCAAGGGCAGACGUUCGCAGUAUGUUGUCGCUUCUUGUUUGUACGUGGAGUGUCGUAUGGCGAAAACAUCGCACAUGCUGAUUGAUUUCUCGGACGUGCUUCAAAUCAACGUGUUCAAAUUGGGUUCUACGUUCUUAAAGCUGUGUCGAGUUCUACGCAUUACAUUGCCCUUACUCGAUCCUUCCAUAUACAUUGGUCGUUUUGCAGCUAUGCUUGAAUUUGGAUCCGAGACCCAGCGUGUUGCCAGCGAUGCGACACGACUUGUGUCUCGUAUGAACCGUGACUGGAUGCAAAUUGGCCGUCGGCCCGCGGGAAUUUGUGGUGCAUGUUUACUGAUUGCGGCUCGAAUGAAUAAUUUCCGACGGAGUGUUCGCGAAGUGGUGCACGUAGUCAAGGUCGCCGAUGCUACUAUUCAAAAACGUCUUGAGGAAUUCCGUGACACAGAAAGUGGAGAGCUGUCGGUUGCAGACUUUCGCAACAUAUGGCUUGAAGGCCAGCGUGAUCCUCCUAGUUUUCUUCGUAACCAAAAACUGCGUCAAGACUCCGUGCCAACGACGCCUUCCAGUGCCUACUCUGAAUUCUCUACACCAGUAAAAACCUCCUCUUCUCAGCAGCAGCAACAGCAACAAGGACGGAGAGCGUCCAUUUCAAGUCUGAAACAAGCGGACGAGGGCACAACUGAAAUUGCAAAAAUGAAGACUGAGUCACAGUCACAACAGUCAAUGGAUCUGAAAGCCAAGGCAGCGGGUUUGCAGGCGGAACAGGAUCUUAUUGAAGACAUGUCUUCUGUUUUAAAAAGUGGUGAAGUUAAGGAAGCCACAAAAGCAAUGGCCAGAGAGCAUCAGCAAGAUGACGCAGAGGCCUUUGAUUUCAAUGACGAGGAAAUUGACAAGUUUCUGCUGAGUUCAAACGAGGUUGAAGCAAAAACUCGUGUUUGGAUGGAACUCAAUAAAGACUACUUGGCUGACCAGGAACGGAAACGGCUGAAAGCUGAGGAAGACUUAAAACGUGGUAUUGUAAGACAGCCUCGAAAAAGACGCAAAUACAAACCUAGAGACAGCUCGACGGAAGGCGUUGCUAGUACGGCCAUAGAAAGUGCCAAGGAAAUGAUGCAGCAACGGACGUUUUCGAAAAAAAUUAACUAUGAGGCAUUAGACCAUUUGUUCAACGAUUAGAGAAACUGUACUCGUCCAACAAACGUGCACAUUCGUUUGGUAUUGUUUUCAACAAUGCACUAACUCGUUCGCGUACAGUUUUGUCUCGCAACAUUCCUAUACUUCUGAUCCUUUUUGUUAUGCACACUUGGGUGAUUGUGCACACACACACACAGCAUUGUUUUCUUCGCUACAUAGCCCCUUCUUACUUCCCUGUUCCACGCUUCCGUGGCAAUCCGUGUAUCUCACCUAAUUCUCUGUACCAUCUCACGCUAUGUAUUGAUUCAAUGUUA